AUGGAAAUGGUACUAACAGGAGAUCCUAUUUCAGCAGAAGAUGCACAGAAAUCAGGUUCAUGUUCCUUUCAACUUAGCUCCUAUUUUUGACCGGUUGUUCAUCAUUACCUCUUUACCUUACAAAAUUGAUCAACAUGCAACUUCUCCCUGUAAUAAAUAUACAUCAUCCAGCAAACAGAUAAUGAGAAUAUUUAACUUAUCAGUUCUAAGUUGUUAUUGAUCUAACGUCAAAUUCUCGUAACUAAUUAAAAGGAAAUGUGUAGCAGCUAGAGGGGAGAAUUAACAAUCAGAUCUUGGGGGUUAAAGGGUCAAGGAGGAAGGUACUUAGCAUCGCAAGUCUUCCCGGUGGCACUAGGAAAUUCUCACACAAAUUAUUGAGAAAUGUGUACAAUACUUCCACAUCACCAAGGACUGCAACGGAGACACACUUUUUUAUGCUAAACACUUGUGCAAGCCUGCAAAAUUUGAAUUAAAGGCGUAGAUUUUUCCCUUCUGUUUGUUAGUAUUUCCGCGAAGGAACCGUUCACUUCCGAAGACGUUUUUUAGAGUUUACGUAAACUUGCAUGUCUUCAGUACUCCUCUAUUAUUAAAAGCUCUCUGAAAAAUUUAUUUGCCCCAACCUUUCUCUUCGUGUUGAUUGGAGUAGAUUUGCUCAAUAUACUUUUUUCAAAAAGUCGUAGUUGAGGCCGCGUUACUUCAAAUUGUUCAGCUAAGUUAAAGGACUAAACUGUGAACUUGGGGCAUGCCCUCCUGUGAUAAAACUGGUGCACACUCAUUCUUGAGAUGUUUCUUUGCCCAGAUUCAAAUUCAAAUGACAGAAUUAGACAGUUUUCCUAUUUUUUAUUAGGCCUGGUUAGUAAAGUCUUCCCCGCAGAAGGGCUCGUCAAUGAAGCUUUCAAGACAGCUUCUAAAACAUCAUCCUUGUCGAAGAUCGCUGCACAGAUCGCCAACACAGGUAUUACCCUGGCAGUUGUAACCGUCCCAUUGGCUGUUUCUUGCUAUGAGUUAUACUUCGAUUAAUCGAAGGAUUUUAUUUCUACUGCAAUCGGCGUUAAUCUUGUCCAUCGCUAGUUGUUUCUCGUUGGUUUAGUAGUUAAUCUCAAAACAAUUAUUUUUUCUACUUGACUGUUCUAGUGCGAGACUAUUGUGAGAGUUCCUUAGGCCGUUGAAUUUCCCAAAUGUCUUUUUGUUCAGGCGUCUGAAAUCCUUUUUUUCCUCUUUUAUUUGUUAGGCUACGAGAAGGACUGCAUUUUGAGGAAAGAAUGUUUCACUCAAAAUUUUCAACAGUAA